CAACACGUUACACACACAACUCUUCACUUCACAGUUCACUCCACUCUAACAAGUCAAAAAAUAAUAAUAUAAAAAUAGAUUCAGUUAUUUACUUCACAUUUUUUGUGCUCAUUCUCCUCUCAUUCGUCGCCGCAUCCGCCGUCGAUAGGAAUCUCCGGCAUCGUAAAACCGGUAGGGUUAGGUUUUUCAGUGAAAUGGAAGGCGUCAUUGGCCUUGUGAACAAAAUACAGAGGGCUUGUACGCUUCUAGGUGAUUACGGAGAUGAUCGAACUUUGCCUACUCUUUGGGAUGCUCUUCCUACAAUCGUCGUCCUCGGUGGACAGAGUUCCGGGAAGUCUUCAGUGUUGGAGAGCAUCGUCAGCCGGGAUUUUCUACCUAGAGGAUCAGGAAUUGUAACGAGAAGGCCACUGGUUUUGCAACUUUACAAGAUUGAGCCAGGACAACAAGACUAUGCACAGUUUCUUCACACUGGAAAUAAGAAGUUCCUAGAUUUUGCUAUGGUAAGAUCAGAGAUCCAGCAAGAAACUGACAGGGUUACUGGCAAGACUAAACAGAUUUCUCCUCUUCCUAUUAAUCUCAGCAUCUACUCUCCAAAUGUUGUCAAUUUGACAUUGAUAGAUUUACCAGGCUUAACAAAGGUUGCUGUUGAGGGACAGCCUGAAAGUAUAGUUCAGGAAAUUGAAGAUAUGGUUCGCGCAUAUGUUGAGAAGCCAAACUGUAUUCUUUUAGCUAUUACCCCAGCCAAUCAGGAUGUUGCAACAUCUGAUGCAAUAAAGAUUGCUAGAGAAGUUGACCCAGCUGGUGAACGUACAAUUGGUGUGUUGACAAAGCUUGAUUUGAUGGACAAGGGAACAAAUGCAUUGGAUGUUCUGGAAGGAAGAUCUUAUCGGUUACAACAUCCUUGGGUUGGACUUGUCAAUCGUUCACAGGCUGAUAUUAAUAAAAACGUUGAUAUGGUUGUUGCUAGGCGCAAGGAGCGUGAAUUUUUUGCUACAAGUCCUGACUAUGGACAUUUGGCCAAUAGAAUGGGUUCAGAGUAUCUGGGAAAACUGCUCUCAAAACAUCUAGAGUCUGUGAUCAAGGCCCGUGUACCAGCCAUUUUGUCUUUGAUCAAUUCAAGCAUCGAUGAGCUUGAAGCAGAAAUGAAUUAUCUUGGAAGACCCGUUGCUAUUGAUGCAAGUGCACAGUUGUAUUCCAUAUUAGAGCUAUGCCGUGCUUUUGAUAGGAUUUUCAAGGAGCAUCUUGAAGGAGGGCGGCCAGGAGGAGAUCGCAUUUAUGGGGUUUUUGACUACCAACUCCCUGCUGCUUUAAGAAAACUUCCACUGGAUCAUCAUCUCGCGAUGCAAAAUGUUAGGAAGGUCGUCUCAGAGGCAGAUGGCUAUCAACCUCAUUUAAUAGCACCAGAGCAAGGUUAUAGACGGCUUAUCGAUGGUGCUCUUAAUUAUUUCAGGGGUCCUGCUGAAGCCUCAGUGGAUGCAGUCCACUUCAUCUUGAAGGAGCUGGUGAAGAAGUCAAUAGGGGAAACUCAGGAACUGAGACGCUAUCCAACUCUUCAAGCAGAGAUAGCUUCCGCUGCAAUUGAAGCAUUAGAGCGUUUUCGCAGUGACAGCAAGAAGACUGUUCUGCGGAUGGUGGAGAUGGAAUCUUCAUACCUUACCGUUGACUUUUUCCGGAAACUUCCACAAGAUGCAGAUAAGGGUGGAAGCCCAAUUUCUUCAUCUGUUGACCGUUACACAGAGGGGCACUUGCGCAGGAUAGGCUCAAACAUUUCCUCAUAUGUUGGGAUGGUGUCUGAUACCUUAAGGAAUACAAUACCAAAGGCUGUGGUUUAUUGUCAAGUUCGGGAAGCUAAGCGUUGUUUACUUGAUCAUUUCUAUACGCAACUGGGCAAAAAGGAGGGUCAUAGACUCUCCCAGUUACUGGAUGAAGAUCCAGUCUUGAUGGAGAGGAGGCAGAAAUGUUCAAGAAGGCUUGAACUUUACAAGUCUGCUAGAGCCGAAAUAGAUUCAACAUUAUGGGGAAAAUAAUGUGAUAGGGUAUAUAGUCUGCAAACUAAUUAGAAAAAUGUUCCUUUUGCUCUGAACCUAGGCUUUUCAAAGCCAUAAGAUCUUAUAAUGGAUUUAAACUAAGAUACAUUAUUAGCUUUUCUCGAAUUUUGAAGGAAUGCUCAUCUUUCACCA